AUGUCGCUGAUCCCAUACCACCCUCGUGAGGGUCGCGAAAUUGUCCUCCGACACCGAAACGCAAUCGUCGUCCGCGAUCCGUCUUCUCAGCGACUCGAGAUUCGAGGCUUAUCCGAAUGCCCAACAUGCCGACAGCCCCUGCGGUCUUCCUCCCCCGAUCGUCAAUUCGACAGCGCCCGACAUCACGACUCUUUCGUCGACCCCAAUUACUUCCGCAUGUUGAGAGCCGGCCAUCAUAGUGCCCGAACCGAACAUCCCCCAUCCAGCCCCAUCCGCAGAUUUGUCCAACCCAGCCUGCCGCACCCCAACCCCCAACACGCCGUUAUAGAAGAGACUCAGGAUGUCGAAUUCAUCUCGAGCACCCCGGCCGUUCAAGAGGGCAGCCGCAUUCGCCGCGAAGCCUUUAGUCCCAACUACUUCAAGACCUUUUUCGUCGAGGAAAAGGAACUCGGUCGCGGCGGCAAAGGCGUCGUUCUUCUUGUACGCCACGAGAUCGAUGGCUGCCAUCUCGGCCACUUUGCGUGUAAGCGCGUUCCCGUCGGCGACGACCAUGCGUGGCUCGAAAAGGUGCUCAUCGAGGUUGAGCUUCUUGCCAAACUCUCUCACCCAAACUUGGUCUCCUACCGUCAUGUUUGGUUGGAGGACGUCAUAUUGACACGCUUCGGCCCCAGCGUCGCAUGCGCCUUCAUCCUCCAGCAGUAUUGCAAUGGCGGGGAUCUGCUCCAGUACAUCAUAGGCGACCAGCCCAAGGAAACAACAAAAGAACAACUCAAGGCCCAAAUGCGCAGGAAGUCCAAGGGUCAGCUCGAGUUACCUCGCGAUCAUAUGGCCUCUCAGAGGCUUCUCUCCUUUGAGGAAAUCUUCUCCCUCUUCAGAGACAUCACGUCCGGACUUGCCUACCUCCAUGCCGCCAACUACAUUCACCGAGACCUCAAACCGAGUAACUGUCUGCUGCACCGCGAGGGCGGCGGUAUCAUCUGCCUCAUCAGUGAUUUCGGCGAGGUUCAGUCGGAGCACAUGGUGCGCAAGUCCACCGGCUCUACCGGCACCAUUUCCUACUGUGCCCCCGAGGUGUUGAGAAAAGACUCGACCGGACGUUACGGCAACUUCACGACAAAGUCCGACAUCUUCUCUUUGGGCAUGAUUCUCUACUUCAUGUGCUUUGGUCGCCUUCCGUACCGCAGUGCCAAUACUAUCAACGAGGAACUGGAAGACAUUGACCAGCUUCGCGCCGAGAUCACGGACUGGCAGGGCUUCCAGGAUGAGCGCAGAGAACGUCCGGAUCUCCCCUCGAAACUGUAUCAGCUCCUCAAAAAACUCGUCGCGCUGGAUCCCUCCCAACGUCCCAGCGCAAAUGAAGUCUUGGCAGCCAUGAAGACCGAGUCCUCUACGGAUGGCGUCCCUCGAGGCAGGAGCUCGAGUCCGUCAAUCGGUCUCCACAGCCGCCGCAUUCAGAACCUCGACUCUCCGGUGCCUCCGAGCACCCCAGUUCCAGAUCCUCAGAAGCAGUCACGAUUCUCGUCCUCGCAGGAAGGUUACAACAUUCCCAGUAGGGCUGCGGAAGACGGCUCCCCCCGCCCGAGCCUGCAGACAGGUAUGAACAGGUAUUCGGACUCCAGCUCACCGCGGCACCGUCCUCAAGGCCAUGCCAUGGUCGGCUCGCGCAGCCAGGAUAGCUUCACCCGAUUGUCACCGGAAAUCGCAGUGUCCGAAGUUAGCGCCGAGUCCGUCAAGGACGAGCCAUUGGCCUCGCCGCCGCUGUUGAUGCCGCCGCCCGGCACACCAGUCAAUGCCUUUCAGCACAGGCUAAUGGUCGGAUGGUUGCGAGCAGGUCAUCUUGUUCUCUACAAUGCCAGUCCCCUUCUGGCCGUCACCCGCCUCGGUCUUUUCCUGAGCAAGCUUUACAGCCUUACACGCCCGUGUUGGCCAUACAUGGUCAACCCAAGUCUGGGCGGAUUCUUGGUCGUACUGGCUGCGCUUGAUCUGGGUCUGGCCAACACCGACACCUCCCCAAACUCGAUGUAUCGUCGAGAUAUGGGAAGACCAAGCGUGCUCCCCUGGGCUUGGGGCUUGCGAGGCAGCAUACUUCUCGCACUGGCACACCUGGCAAUUCUUUGGGCAGCCGAUCGCUGGUACACCUUGUGCAACACGUCGGAUUCCUGGACACUUCAUGACGACCAUCUCUUGACUUGA